GGUCCUUACGGGGGCCUUCGAAUGUGUGGCGCGGAAUGUCGCGGAUUCACUUUUUUGAAACAUGCAUGCUGUUGAAAUGUGAUAUAUUUUGUAAAUACUUUUAAGUUUAUUUUGAUGUCGUUAUUGUAAAAAAAAAAAUGUUUGCUUUCAAUCAGGAUUGCUGGUUUAUACGGAAGGUGGUGAGAUGGAGAGCUCUAGCCAGUAUUGCGUGGUCAGUGCUGCUGCUGCCUCCCAUCACCUCUCUGCUCGUCUUCUUCAUCAGGUUCAGUCUGUUUCACCCCACACACUGGCUCUCAGGAUGUUUGAGUUUGCUCACAGAGGCGAGUACGGUUUUCUCCGUGUUCCUGCUCUGUGCAGCCGUUACUCUCCUCGCCUUCUUCAACCUGCAGUAUUACACGGUUGUUCCCUCCAUCCCGUGUUCUCGAGUGGCUCUCUUGGCUGAAGUGCUCCACCCUCGUCAGUGUGUUCACUCUCUAGUGCACUGCGCAGUCGGGAUGCUGGUGAUGUGGUGUGUGUGCGUCAUGGCUGGCGGCCGCUAUCACACACUCCACUCUCCCUGCACACACAGCAAGAGUGGCAGUGUUGACGUGUGUCUGAACGAGUAUCACCUGUUGAUGCUGCUAGCCGGAGCGUUUAUGGGUUACUCUCACAGUUUAAUGGGCGUCGUCCAAAACAUCCACUACGUCUCCUUUCACAUCAUACAGCAAUAUAAGUACAUGCGCUUUAAAGGCUCUGCGUGGUGGCUGGUGAAGUGCAGCGCUGUUCAGUCUUUAUACUCCGUCAGGAAUUACGUCAUCCUCUAUUUCCUCUUCGGGCACAUCCCCAGGACGUGGAUCUCCAACACACUGAAUCUGCAUGUAGACAGUUCCGUGCACACUCUGGACUCGUUUGGAGGACUGUGUGAUGUGUCGUUGUUCUAUCAGCUGUGGAUCAGUGGAACGUUCCUGCUGCUCACCUGGUACCUCACCGUGCUGCUCUUCAGGAUCUACGUCACCGAGCCGUACAGGUUUCCGGUUCAGUCGACAUUCGCUGAGGACGCAGAAGAGUGUCUACCUAAAGUCCUGACUGAAAAGAACGCCUUGGUCAUGAAGUUUCUCGCGCUGCAGGAUUUGGCGUUACUUUCCCAGCAUUCCCCUUCACGCAGACAGGAAGUCUUCAGCCUCAGUCAGCCAGGUGGACACGCUCACAACUGGAACGCUAUCAGUAAGGAGUGUGUGUCACUGCUGAGUGAUUUAACACAGCGUCUCAUCGCUCAUCACGACGCCGUAGCAUCUAACGGCAGAGCGAAACCUCCGUCUGAGAGAAGUGACGCAAGAUCCAGCUCGUCAUCCUCCUCGGUGACGUCAGGGACGGAGGAUCUUCCUCAGACUCCUCGCUGCAGCGCUCUGAUCCGGACUCCCGGCUCGGUGUUCGGUUCCGCAGUGAGGGGCGUGAACUCGCCCCUGACCGCCCCGUUCACCCCCGACCCGACCGCACCGUUCUCUAGCCCCGCCCUCAGACCCCUGCUCAGCCCGCAGGUCGCCCCGAGAUCCUGGUUGGGUUCGGUCCAGAGUCCUCACGUCACUCGGAGGAACCCCAAACUGUGGAGCACGUCCACCGAUUCACAGGCCAAUGGGAGCCCACCGCCGUCGCCUGAUCCCGCCCCCAAACCUGCAGGCGAACAGAAACCCAGCUUCCUGUCCCAGUGGCUCCAGAACAGGAAGGAACAGGUUAAAGGUUUCGUGGCAAAGCGUGUGCUGGUUGUGUAUUUGUUUAAUAAGCUGCCUGAGGCGUCGAGUCAAGCCCUGUUUGCUGACAGCCAGGCGCACAUCUGGGCUCUGGAAGGAUUGUCUCAUCUGGUAGCUGCUUCGUUCUCCGAGGACAAGUACGGAGUGGUGCAGACUACAUUACCCAGCAUCCUCAGCAGCAUGCUCUCUCUGCAGGAAGCUGUGGACCGUCACUUUAAGCUCCCUCACGCCUCGAGCAAGCCGGCGAAGACGUCGUGCAGUUUGGGCGACUCGACGUAUAAAACCCUGCGUUUCGCUCUGAGAGCAUCUCUGAAAACCGCCAUCUACAGGAUCAGCACCACGUUCAGAGAGCACUUACAUGCUGUCGGUAUUCCAGCGGAGCAGCAGAAGAGACUUCAACAGUUCCUGGAGUAUAAGGAGUAGCUUCAGCUUCUCUGAGGAAGAAGCCUCACCUCCUCACCUCCUCAUCUUCUCGUCUACUCGUCUCCUCGUCUCCUCGUCUUCUCAUCUCCUCACCUCCUCGUCUCCUCGUCUUCUCACCUCCUCGUCUCCUCGUCUUCUCACUUUCUCAUCUUCUCACCUUCUCACCUCCUCGUCUCCUCAUCUCGUCUCCUCACCUCCUCGUCUCCUCGUCUUCUCACCUCCUCGUCUUCUCACCUCCUCACCUCCUCGUCUUCUCACCUCCUCG